AACACGGGACAGUGGACCUUCUUCAAAGCUUCACACCUCUAUGAAUAGGAAGAACUAGCGAGGGAGGAAGGGAACCACCGCGCGCAUCCUGAUCCAGACAGUUUAAUCCAGACCACCUCCAUGGAGCCAUCGUCGUCCAGGCACCGGAAGGUGGCGAUCGCGCUCGAUAUCGGCCUGCGUCGUACAGUGGCGGAGAUCGAGAGCAUCCUGGGCUACACCUUUCGCAACAAAUCGCUCCUGGUGGAGGCGAUUACCCAUGGUUCCUACGCCGGCCAUCCAUCCUACCAGCGCCUCGAGUUCGUCGGCGACGCUGUCCUUGGCCUUGCGGUUUCUCACUACCUGUACGAAAGGUACCCAGACAUCGGCUCCGGCGACCUAACCGCCCUCCGCCGCGCCAACGUUUCCAAUGAGAAGCUCUCCCGCGUGGCCGUCCGCUUCGGUCUCUACCGUUUCCUCCGCCGCAACUCCCCUGGCCUUGAUCAAGCGGUGAGUGAGUUCACGGAUAUAGUGACGAUGGAGGAGGAAGAAGACGACGGAAGGAUUUCCUUCGGCGGUAGCAUCCUAAAAGCCCGCGCCGUAUUGGCUGACAUGGUAGAGUCCAUCGCAGCAGCGGUCUACUGGGACUGUGAUUCCAACCUCAAAGUAGUGUGGAAGAUUUUCAGUAAGAUUCUGACACCAAUCAUCACGUUGGAGACCAUGAAAGAGCAGCCUGUGGCAGCUCUCAACAUGCUCUGUCAGAAGCGGGGCAAAGCUUUGGAGUUUCGCAGCUCAAGUUUCGGUUCUUCGUGCACGGUGAGUGCUUUUGUCGAUGGCAAAGCUAUGGGCACUGGAACUGCAAGGCAAAUGGAAAUCGCAAAGCUAAACGCGGCUCGAGAUGCGCUGCCAAAGCUUUCUGGUGUGGAGUCUGUUAGUUUCGACGAUGAUGAUGUAGAUGCUGGUCAAAAUCUCCACAAGCAGAGAUUAUACACUUACUGUGGCAAAAAGCGAUGGAUGAAACCAUUAUACAAAAUUGAUAAGGAAGAAGGUCCUGCGCACAAUAAAAAAUUCAUAUGCUCAGUUACAGUUGGAUCGGAGCAUUCCAAGAUCACUCGUUGCGGUGACCCAGAGCCAAAAGUGAGAUAUGCAGAAAAUUCCGCAGCACGUCAUAUGUUAUCCAACUUGCAACCGGAUGAGGAAAGACAACCCCCUAGGAUAGUAUCUGCACUGCAGCUCGCACUUGAAUUGUCUAAGGUGUUCUUUGACAGUGAGUAAGGACAUCAAUUAUGUUUGAGUAAAAAAAUAAGAACGAUUAUGCAAUUUCUCUUGGAUCUUUGUGAAAAGCAAUCAUGGAAUGAUGCAACUGACUUGUUAAGCUGGUACUUAUAUGAAUAGAUUUUAAGGUCAAUUUGUAAUGGACUUAAAAUGUCUAGUCGGGUGUGUGAUCUUUUCAAUGCAAAGGAUUUUUAUGAUUUA